CAUUAAACAAUUGUACACUUCAUAGGGCCAACAUAACCACCUGCCCUAUCGAGGCUCCAUAGCAACGCUGGCCACGUCAUUGUUGUGUUUUCAGAUUUAAUAAAGUUGGUCAUGUUCAAACGCAAUGGUGGCGCCCAUGAAACGAGUCAUGUGUUGUUUACUGUGCUGAGACGUUAUUAAAAACGCACUCGCUGGUGGGAGAAAGACGAAUUAAUAUCAUUCGCCACCGCUGCGUUCAAUCAUCAUGGCUACUCCGGGCAAGGCGAGCAAGAAGGAAGCGAAAAGGCAAACCCCAGCAAAAUCUUCCCUUAACACACCUUUCAAAAACCAAUGGCAACCACUUUCCAACAAGAAUUGGCAUUCAAUUAAAAAGAGUAUCAGAUGUAAACUGGAAUCAAUGGAGUUUAAGAAAGUAGAAACAAAGGGUUUUUACAAGUUUAAAGAACGGAAAAACCAGACACCAUCUGUAUCCCCAGAGUGCGUUGCGCCAGAAAGCAACGACUCGAACGUGCUGAACACUCCCAAGACCGGGUGGACCGACAUGUCUGCCAGAAGACAGCUUGCAAUUGGCAUCAAUGAGGUGACAAAGGCCUUGGAAAGGAAUCAGCUCAGGUUGGUGCUUGUGUGCAAGUCAGCCAGACCAAAACACAUGACCGACUACUUGAUUCCACUGAGCAUAUCAAGAGAGGUCCCGGCCUGCCAGGUUGGAGCGCUCAGUAAUAUUCUUUCUGAGCCGCUGCGAUUAAAAAGUGUUCUUGCGCUGGGUUUCCGUCACUGUAAGAUAGAAGAAGAGGACCACUUUUUGGAUCUUGUUACCGACAUCAUCCCCAUGGUGCCACCGCUACAUGUUGCCUGGCUACAACACAAGGUUGUCCCUAUUGGGACUGAUGAACUGUUGGACAUUGACAAGAGGGGCCAAAAGCGUAAACUGGAGGACGAGAUCACUGAAUGCGACAUCACUGAAUGUGACAUCACACAAACUGAGGUAUCAGAAGCUGUGUCUGGCACACUUCAACCCCUGUGUGUAAAAAAGGUUAUUCCUAACCCAAAUAAAAAGAGGAAAAAGAAAAUCAAAAAGUAGAAAUUUCCCUAGAUUAGUUAAUCAGUAAUCUCUUGAACGUUGACUUUUUUUCUUGGAUGGAUUGAAAUGUUUGGCUUUGACAUAAUAAAACGGCAGCAUAUGCAAAUCUU